ACCAUCUUCUACCUACCUAUACAUACCUACGUCCCAGUUAGGACAGCAAAUUCAACGCACCGCCAACAUUCAAUCCCAUUGCUAGGAUUACUCUGCUUGAGAGUCAAAGCGAGGCUUUCACACGCAGUGCAACGCAACCUUAGACAAUCCCUACAUCAUUGACAAUUGAUUCCAAUUUUGGAAACUCUUUGCAACAUGUUUGCCGCUCGACGUAUCGCUACCGCUGUUCCCCGCGCGGCAACUCUUCCCCGUCGCGCCCUCUUCCAUUCAACUACCCCAGCUGCCGUUCAAGUGGGCGACAAGAUCCCUGACUUGGAUGCCUUGGUGGAAAACUCACCUGGAAACAAGGUCAACCUGUCCAAAGAGUUGACGGGUAAAGGCCUCAUCAUUGGUGUUCCCGCUGCCUUCAGCCCGGCAUGCUCUGAGUCACAUAUUCCUGGAUACAUCAAUCACAAGUCGCUAAAGGAGGCUGGCAAGGUCUUUGUUGUUGCCGUCAACGAUCCAUUUGUCACCAAAGCAUGGGCAACAUCUCUUGAUCCCCAAGGACAGAGUGGAAUUCGUUUCCUCGGUGAUCCAUCUGGUCAGUUCACCGACGCUCUUGACCUUGCCUUCGACGGCAAGGCGAUCUUCGGUGGAAACCGAAGCAAGCGGUACGCCCUUGUCAUUGAAGACGGCAAGGUCAAAGAGGCCCACGUUGAGCCGGACAACACUGGUCUGAAGGUCUCCGCCGCUGACGCUGUCUUGGGUGCUUAAUCGCCUGAUACCCCAGACGGAUGAUGAGACAAGGCUGUAUGUGGCAGGGAUAAAGUUUCCACCUCCUUUUUCCACUCUUACACGACUCUGCCUCCUCCUUCCCACCAGUUUUUCACCGCCGUAAAUGGAUCAUGCGCUGGUGUUCACAUGAUGCUGUCAAUCUAUCUCCUUCAAUCACAUAGAACACUUAUGUCAUUCCUUGUUGGCAGCUGAAUCAAACUCAUAAGAUCCGGUGCGAACGUGGUCUGUCUAAUAAAUCAAUAUUACCCGAAGUC